GAGAGCGAGAGAGAGAGAGAGACAGAGAGAGAGAGAACAUAAGGACGCACACACUCUGAACGCACGACUCUCCCUCUCUCUCUCCUUUUUUCUUUUCUCUUCUUUUCUCCUUUUUGCUCUUUUGCCCCCUUAAUCGUGUCGCGCUUUCUCCGGAGACUCUUUUCCACCUAAAGCGUUUAGUCUCAGGCCGCUGCACACUCGCCACGGCGCCACGGGGAGCGGAAGAGUCACUUUACUGCAAACUACACCACGCCAAAAGCGGUGUAACGAGAGAGAGAGAGAGAGAGAGAGAGAGAGAGAGAGAGAGAGAGAGAGAGGAUACGGAAAGGAUUUUUUUAAUUGUUGUUGCCCUGGUCAGCUCUCUGUCCCAGUAUGGACUUGGAUCAGAAAACUCCAUCCGGGCGCAUCGGACGGUCGGGGCACGGAGGGGUGAACCAGCUUGGCGGGGUCUUUGUGAACGGGAGGCCGUUACCUGACGUGGUGAGGCAGAGGAUCGUGGAGUUGGCUCACCAAGGCGUAAGGCCGUGCGACAUUUCACGCCAGCUUCGUGUGAGCCACGGCUGCGUCAGCAAGAUCCUGGGCAGGUACUACGAGACAGGGAGCAUCAGGCCAGGCGUGAUCGGAGGAUCCAAACCAAAGGUUGCUACACCCAAAGUCGUCGACAAAAUCGCCGAUUACAAACGCCAAAACCCCACCAUGUUUGCCUGGGAGAUACGAGAUCGACUAUUGGCCGAGAGAGUGUGCGACAAUGACAGCGUGCCCAGCGUCAGCUCAAUCAACAGGAUCAUUCGCACUAAAGUCCAGCAGCAGCCUGGCCAAUCAGGAAGCGUCUCUGCGCAUAAUUUAGUCUCCACGGUGGCAGUGACCCAGGUCUCCGCGGUAACCAGUGACGCCGCAGGCUCCUCUUACUCCAUCAGUGGAAUUCUGGGAAUCAGUUCGGCAGCUGACGCCAGCAAGAGAAAGAGAGAUGAAAAUCUUCAGGAGUCUUCGCUGGCAAACGGCCACGCCCACACAGGGCGGGACUUCCUGCGCAAGCAGAUGCGGGGCGAGCUCUUCACGCCGCAGCAGCUCGAGGUACUGGACUUCGUGUUCGAUCCUGACAUUUACCCCACUCUUGACACCAACAAGCCCGCCCAGACAGCUGAUUACUCUGCGAUGGCGUCUCUGGCCGGCGGAUUAGAAGACAUGAAGAGCAGCCUGGCCAAUCAGACGGUAGCAGAUUUGGGCCCGAGUGUAGCAGGACCUCAGAGUUACUCGCUAGUGUCAGGUCGUGAUUUAGGUAGCACUACGCUUCCAGGUUACCCUCCUCAUGUUCCCCCAGCCGGCCAGGGCAGCUACUCAGCCCCAUCGCUCACAGGAAUGGUACCUGGGGGUGAGUUCUCGGGCAGUCCAUACUCCCACCCGCAGUAUUCUACAUACAAUGAGUCAUGGAGGUUCACCAAUCCAAGCCUGCUGGUGUUCCAGCAGGAGUACGGUUCUCUUCUAGGCUCAGAAAGAGCAGCUUCUUCAGGCCUUUUUCCCAGCCAGACCACACAACCCGGAGGGUCUCCGUAUUAUUACGGCGCAGCCACGCGGGGUUCAGGACCUGCAGCCACGACUACAGCCAGCGCCUAUGACCGCCACUGAGAGGAGAGGAAGAAAGAGAAAGCGAGGAGAGCUACACGGAGCGAAGGAGAGGAGAGAUGAACAGAGAGAGAGAGAGAGAGAGAGAGAGAGAGCGGGAGAGAGCGAGAGAGACUAAAUCUUUUUUCCACAUCAGUCGCACUAAAGCUUGUCCUUUUAUUCCAGAACUUUUGUGCCGCCAUGUUGGGCCAAACACAUACACACACACACACACACACACACACACACACUAUUCACCACUAGAAAUUUAGAGAUUUAAACCCAUUAGGCUAACUAGCACCUAUUUCUAAGAUACCCGACUAAUGAAAUGAUGACCUACAUAAUGAAAAAGAUUAAAAUCAUUUUUAAAAAGAAUAAUAAUAAUAAUAAUAAUAAUAAUAAUAAUGUACGUCAGUCAUAUUAUACUGCGAACCGCACAGAAUUGCCGUACUCGUUCGAUAAAAGGCGGAGCGUGUUAGCGCCUCCUCUCUUCCUGCGUGUAGAUAAAAGCUCUUUACUCGUGUACAAAAUGCCCUGUACGUUUGUCAGAAUUAAAGCUAUUUAUGAUGGAGACAGAGUAAUAUAUAUUCAAAAAAAAAAAACAAAAAAAAAGUAUGUGUAAAAGUUUACCGCGGACACCAGAUCCACUUCUAGCAGGAGACGUUUUUAAAAAGAAAUAGGAAAAAAGAAAUGGAAUUUUAAUUUGCGGAGUAAAAUUCAAGUGUUUUGCUUGAAUAAGAUCAGAACAGAAAACUGCUCACUGGUGAAAGAGAAACGUGGCCAUUAUUUUUUUUAACAAUGCUGUCUCUGGCGACGUGCCAAAAAUAAUCACCUGUAACAAAAGGUUUCGUAGGCAGUUUUUUUUCUCUAAGAGAGCAUUACUUCUAUGUAGACAGGUCUGUCUCCUUGUUUAAAAUAAAUAAAUAAUUGAAUUCUGCUUAUUCUGAAACUGUGAUAAGACGGUGAGGGAGGUAUGUUGUCUAGCCUGGACUUUCUCAACAGGAAGUAAAAAAAAAAAAAAAAACAUGGUACAUGUACAUUUGUGUUCUCUGAGGUAAAUGUAAGGUAAUAGAUCCAAUGAAGUAGGUUGCUAUGUUUAUAGGUGCGCUCGUCUACCUAACGGAACAAAAACGAGGUUCCUUCCAGAGGACGCCGACGAGCGCCGACGAGCGUUUAUGACGGAUCCUGGAAAACGUUUCAUCUCCUACGUUUCUUUCUUUCCUCCGCUGGAGAAAGUGCUGUCAGUCUCCUGAACCUCCCCAAAGAUCCAAUUCUAGAAAGUAAAAAUGGAGACAAAUCAUUCAGCCAUACACUCUUCCCUCCUUCCCUCACUUCUUCCAUCCAUCCCUCUUUUUUAUUUCCUCCAUUCUGCGCCAAGACAAUGCAUGAAACCGUGGUGAAGGCCUUAGCGAACUCAAACGCAACCUGUACAUAGCGUCAUCAUGACAGAACCCGUCUAAGAUGUACAACGCAGCGAUCGUUUACUGCCAUGCAAGCUUCUUCUGGAUCCCAGUAUUCAUAUCUAACGUUAGAUUCUAGUGGAUGAGGAAAGAAACGUGUCCUUUAUUUAGCUAUUGUUCGUGCUGUGUGUUCCCAGAUCUUUUGUUUAUCCUUCGCGUUUUUUGGAUACGCUGUGCAUUUCCGAGUAGCUUUUUACCGAGUGGAGAACAUUGUAGAUUUAGUCACGAACACCAAAACUUUUGACGUGAAAUGUGGAAAAAAAAAGAAUAUUAUAUCUAUGAAUAUACAAUAUAUAAAGACGCUGAUAGUUUUCACGUUCUUUUUUUACGUUCUGAACUGUAAACGUAGCAUUAGAAAAACCUUUGUUCGUAGACCUUAAGUUGCGUGUUACGCAACUCUAAAUAAACCCUUGAUGCCGUUCGCCACGAUGCUCCUGGCGACCUUUGAACCUUUUAGUCUGAGGCAUUAUGAACCUGAAAUACACCAGCUGAAAAAUCGAGGACAGUGCCUUUACUUUUUCUAUCCAGUCAUCCCGAAUGACCACGCGUCACUAAAAUACAAACACAAGGUCAUAGGACCCCACGCCAAUCAACAGACCCACCAGUGCCAGUGUGUUUCAGGCUGAAGGAAACCAAUGCAGAUCUUUAAAUCAGAAAGACUAAUUAAUCGAUCACCGAACACACGGAUUAAACCAAACGAACGAGGCCAAGUCUGUCGCGACUAGAAAUGUGUAUUGCGUUAUAACACUGUGGUGUUUUCACAAAAAAUGACUACAAAUUCAAAGUAGCAAUUUCUUGACUUUUAUAUAAAUGAACCUAACUGCAAGCUUGGAUUAUCCUUGUAAUGUAAUUAUUUGUAAAUUUGUCGACGUUCUUACGGAUCGUACGGAUCUUUAAUCGUUAGACCUCCUGGAAUUCCUUUUUUAUUUAAAGUCAUUUUAGGAUUUUCAACCAGCAAAAAGGUGUUUUUUUUUUGUUUUUUUUUUAAGGGGGAUUUUGCUUGAGUUGACGAUGAACAAAAAUUAUGACAUUUAUAAGAAAAAGUAAGAAUGUUAACUCCGCCCCUCGCCACAAACCGAGUCGUGUAAACGACCUGAUGAAUUAACGUUCGCGACACUGCGCCGUUGCCCAGAAUUUUUGUUCCAAAAAUAUUUGAAAAGAAUUUACACGAGAAAUGGCGUUGCUGUAUUUUGUAAUUUUUUGUAAUGUGGAAAGUUUCACAGGUAAACGUGAAAUUUGGAAAGAAAACUGUACGAGCUCUAACGUUAACCUUUGUAACUUGUAAUUCAUACAGUUUCCUUUGUAGAAAAUGAGAAGAAAGAUCAAUCGGAAUUCGUACCGUGUUGUCUGUGUUCAUUUCGUGGAAAAAAAAUGCACUUCUUCACACUUAUUGACAUAAAAUAGAUCCAUUGCCUUAAACACACAAGUCUCAAGGCGUAAUAACUGCCCCCUUUUUUUAUCUGACUGUAAACACACAGCCUUGCCGUCGGCUUGACCCCACUGGUUACCCCGAUAGAUUCUCCCAAGGCUCCCAUUGGCUCAGAGGACGAUGAUUGACAGUUCUGGUACUUUUUCUGGUACGGUUCCUGCCCUUCCCGUCAGCCGCUUCAGACAUUACUGUACACACAUGCACGUAGUCCUUUUGUCCUCUGGCGGGUCGUGAACACGACACCCCUCCCCACGACGACGCGCUAAACCUGCUGUGCCAUCAAAAAAAACCCGACGUCUACGUUCUCGCCUUUCUUCGCUUCUCUUUAUCUACAGUGCUAAUCUCAUCAGUCCUUUCUAACCCACUCCUUUAGGAUUAAACCCGUUAUCACGGUUCCAUCGAACGGAUCCUUGAUCUGGAAAAAAUCGAUCCGUUUUUCCUGAAGAGGAAAAGAUUUUAUUAUACGACAGUAAUUCCUUUGUUGGAAAAGGAAUCUCUUGCCUUACUGUAUGCUAAUAGUUUUUUUUUUUCAUUUAAUAUACACCUUUGAGCAUAGCAAUAUGUAUAAUUAACAUCUUCACUUCUGCAAAAGAUUUAUUUUCAUUUUUUUUUUUACUUUGGUUAACAGUUUCAUACAUUCCCCACAAUCUGUACCCAAAGAAAAGGAUGCGGCGGCGCUUUAGUACUUUAAUCCGUUCAGCUCUCAAAUCCGUACGCUUGAUCGGAUCAGCUCGCUAACGCCGUCUCGUAGAGCGCUCGCUAACCGAGCCGGGUCUCACGGCAUCAUAUCGCUUCUAAUCUGAUUUUAUUUCAUUUUUUGCAAGAAUGAAACAUUAAAUGUUGGCGGAAAAUUGUUGAGUGAGAAAAGAAGCUUUUGCUCCUUUCGGUUUCGAGAGCUAACGGCGUCAUACGGACGCUAACUUCUCACGCGACACAACCGCUUCACGUAGAAUUCAAUAGAAAUACCAGCUGGUGAAAAUUUGCAGAUCCCAAGUGGAAUUAUGGAAAUCCUUUCCCAGAUUUCAUUCGGAUUCUUUAAGACGUUAAACUAAUUGGUGUUAAAGCGCAGAAACGAGUCCGAGCGGAAAUCGUCUUUGUUUAGGUUGGUUUUGUCUCAAACGGUUCGGUUUCUAGACGUCACAAAAUACUCCACAGAGUGUAAGCGUAUCCCAUGAUUCAGUGCAGUCAUCCCCAAAAAAGAGGGCUUGGGUUUUUUUAAAUAGAAUAAAAAAAUUUUUUUUUAAAUUCUUAAAAAAAAAAAACUUUUACCCAAUCUACCAGUUUCACACGCCGCCUAGUCAAACUCUGAGGUUUCCUGACAAAAGACUAAAAUCGACUUGGUUAAUGACCUUAUCGUGGCCUUCUGUGUACAAUCUGAAGUUCUGUCUGUAAUCAUUUCCUAAUAGACAUUUCCCCGUUCCUGUGGGAUCGAUACGAUUUUUUUACGGAUUUUUUGAAAUAAAUAAAUAAAUAAAUAAAUAAAUAAAUGAAAAAAAUAAUCGCACAAAAAGAUUCGACGUCGGGAAAUACGGCGACGCUCCGAAAAACGAUCGGCAAUCGGUUCAAAUCGGUACAGGAAAAAAAAAAACUAACGCUCCGUGUAGAGACAUAUCUGUAGCCUCCACCAAAGCUAGAGAUACCCAUUAAAAAAAAUAAAAAAAAUAGGAAAGAAAGAAAAAUUGACAAACCAUCAAAAUACGGAGGAAUUUUACUUCUUUAAAAAAAAUUGUGUUUUUUAUUGAAUUUUCUAGUAGUUACGAACAAAUCUCGAUGUUUUUUUUCUUCUGCGUGCUGUGUGUCGUCUUAAUAUUUGAAUGUAUUUACUGCGGUACAAAAUUUGCCAAAGAUACCAUGCCACUUGUUUUCAGCAUUUUUCAUUUUUUUAUUUAUUUUUUUUACUUUUAUACAUGCGACGUUUUCGAGUCAGCCCAUGAACCGGAAAUAAUCGUUACUGAUAGUAUGUUUUUUUUUUUGUUUUUUUUUGUAUUUUAAAUCAUUUGGUUAUCGCUAAUCUUAUGAUUCGACGAUUCAGGGUUAUUUUAUGUUUGAACUGUCAAUCUGAAUUAUCUGGCAUUCGUCCUGACCCCUGAAAUCAGUCCAGGGUAAAUAGGCUACUAAGUGUACGUGCAGACGAGUGAGUGUUGUUUGUGCAUUAUUGAUUUAUGUACCUGUAAUGUGAAAUGAAGAAGUAAUUAUUUGUAAAUAUUUGACAUAAUUUUAUUGGUUCAUUAAAAAUAAAGGUAAUUUUUUUAAGUUCACAA